CCCCUCCGCUACCGGCACCUGCUGCGGCCAUGGGCGCGCUGAGCCGGGCGGCGCUGGCGCUCGCUGCGCUGCUGGGCCUCUCCUCGGCGGCGCUGGAGGUCCACGUGGGCACAGGCACAGUCUUCUCGGUGGAAGGGCAGCAGGCAGUGCUGCCAGCCUGGUACACCAGCCACUCCCAGAAGCAGCUCUACGUCACCUGGCUGCUGACGAAGGACGGUGCCCAGCCCUUCCAGAUCCUGACCUACAUGGAAGGGGAGGUGAAGGUGAGGGAGACAGAGCUGAAGCCCCGCGUGGGGUUCCUGUACCCAAUCGUCACCCACAACAUCUCUGUCUUCAUCAACGCCUCCCGGGAGCGGGACUCCGGCCAGUACACGGUGAUGGUGGACGUGGCGGACGACGACAACAGCGCGCGCAAGAACGUUGGCGUCAUCAACCUGACCGUGCUGGUGCCGCCGGCUGCCCCCGCCUGCCAGCUGCACGGUGACCCUGCCGUGGGCGCCAACGUCACCUUGAGCUGCACCUCCAGGAAGGGGAAGCCCUCACCCACCUACGAGUGGCAGCGAGCUCCGCCCAACCUGCGCUUCUUCUUCCCACCGGCCCAGGACCAUGCCAGGGGCACCCUCAAGCUGACCAACCUGUCCCUGGAGAUGUCAGGCGUCUACCUCUGCGUGGCCAAGAACAGAGCAGGCUCAGCCAACUGCAGCAUCGCCCUGGAGGUGCACUCAACUAGCACCAAAGCGGUGAUCGCCGGCGCCGUGCUGGGCUCCCUGGCGGCUCUGGCCACCGUUGUCUUCUUCACCCAGCGCCUCAUCAGCUACCGCAGGAAGAAACGAGACGGCCAGGAGGAGGCAGCCAACGAGAUCAAGGAAGACGCCGUGGCCCCCAAGACGCCGUCGUGGCCCCGGAGAGCAGCCUCGGACACCAUCUCUAAGACCAGCACCUUGUCCUCCAUCGGCGGCACCCGCGACAGACCCUACGGCGCGCCCCCCCCCUCCGACACCGCCUCCGUCCUCACAGCCGCCACCAGCUACCGGGGACCCCCGCCCCGGCCAGCGGGGAGAGCCCCAAACUUCUCUCCCCAGGCCUCUAACGGGACCGCUCCCCGCCGAGAGCCGCCCGCCGGUCCGGCCGCGCUGCCCCCCUCCAGCCUGGCCCGGGCGGGAGCCGUCCCGGUCAUGGUGCCCGCGCAGAGCCGAGCGGGGUCCUUGGUGUGACCCCCGCGGGGCUCAGCCGCCCCCUCCGGGGGGGCGCUUCUGUCCCAGAGACGCCUCCAGCAGCUGGACUCGGCUGGGGGUGUUUAAUGGGGCUGGGCUUGGGGGGGGCACAUCUCCCCCGAGCAGACCCUCCCCAGCCCCCCAGAGCAGCCUCGGCCCUGCCCGAGUGGGGGUGGUGCUGGGUGGAAUUUUGUAUCCGUGUUUGGGUGGCAGUGGGGGAGGUCUGGCAAAGAGCAUCGGAAGCUGCGGGGGCACAGGGGCCGGGGGACACA